AUGGAUUGGCUACAAGCACAGCAACUGAGCCCUCAGUCUACGGCUCGACUGCGUAACACCUUAUCCGGUCACGAUUCUACCGAUCCGGUUGAACAGUUCGCACAAAUGGAACGUCUUGUACGCACAAUUAUCGCCCAAAGGGAUGAAGAAGUGGCCACUCAGGCACGUCAAAACCAAGAGCACCAGGCUGCAGUGCGCCAGUUGCCAACCGUGGAAGAGUGGCAAACGCAUCAAACAGCAUUUAAACAACUGGAAGCCAAAUUCAUCGACUGUAUGGACAAAAUGAGUCGUGUGGACGAAGAACGCACUCGUUUGGAAUCCCUGAAUGCUCAGCUCGAAAUGGAAGCAUCGACAGUGGGUGAAUACGUCACUCUGUUUGCGCAUAGACGUGCCGCGGCAGCGCGUCGGGCCCGUGCGCGGGAACAGUUGCUCGGACGUCUGGUCGAAGAUCGACGUCGUUUGCGCGCCAGAUUACGCGACCUGCUAGUCCCAUGCAAAGCGAAUCACACAGAAUCACCUGUAAACGGGGAUGAGACAAUUCCUGGAGAACCAGACACAUCCGCUGAGUCUGUAUCCAAAGUUCUCGGGAAUCAAGAAACUCAAGCGAAAUUCCUGAGCGAUUUUCAACUUCUGCUGCAUGAAAUCGGUCCAUCAACAGACGAAACAGAAUUUGAUUUGGGAUUCUCGUUACAAAACGAUGAAGAUGCUGCAGAGCAAGAUCAGAAACCACAGUCGCCCGCCGAGGGCUCGAAUGAAAAUAAUCAAUCAGAACAGGUCGUGAAUGAAAAAGUUGUACCACAACUGUCCGUAUCUCCGCUUGAGCAAUUGCGGAAACAGGCGCUACAACAUGAUUGUCCACACUGUCAGUGCUGUGUGGGUAAUCUGAUCGAAGUGUGA